GAUGAGAGAAAUCAAGAACAAGGAAGAUGGAGUUCGCGUUCACCCACUCCAAAAUAUACGCAGAAAAGCCGAUCUCUCGGCCUCUCUAGUUUCCAGACUGGUUCAUCUAAAUGGUGAUGGAGAAUAGCUGCAGCGAUGUUUUCAAUCACGCCUACCAACGCUCUUAAACAGAUAACAAGAAGCAUUAGCAACUUCGUAAGUUCUUCAACCCCACGAACUCUUCAAGGAUCGUAUGUUUCUACUUUCAAGCAAACUCUUCUUGAUCGAAUCAAAAACUGCUCCACAAUAAACGAACUGGAUGGUAUUUAUGCUUCAAUGAUAAAAACUAAUGCAACCCAAGAUUGCUUUUUAGUGAAUCAGUUUAUUAGCGCGUCGUUAACAUUCAACUCUGUAGAUUACCCUGUUUUGGCCUUUACACAGAUGGAAAAUCCUAAUGUUUUUGUGUAUAAUGCGAUGAUUAGGGGAUUUGUAUAUUGUGGGUAUCCAUUUCGAGCUAUACAAUGUUAUGUUCAUAUGCUAGAAUCGAAGGUUUUGCCAAGUAGUUAUACGUUUUCGUCUUUAGUUAAAGCUUGCACCUGUAUGUGUGCACUUGAUUUGGGACGGAUGAUCCAUUGUCACAUUUGGAAGAAUGGGCUGGAAUUGGAUGUGUUUGUUCAAACUUCUCUGAUUGAUUUGUACUCAAAUUUGGAGAGAUUUGGGGAUGCGCGAAAGGUGUUUGAUGAAAUGCGUGAAAGAGAUACUUUUGCAUGGACUACUAUGGUUUCAGCUCUAGCUCGUGCUGGAGAUAUGGAUUCAGCUAGGAAGUUGUUUGAGGAAAUGCCUGAAAGCAAUACUGCAACUUGGAAUACCAUGAUUGAUGGCUAUGCAAGAUUGGGAAAUGUGGAGUCUGCAGAGUUUCUCUUCAAUCAAAUGCCGGCUAGGGAUAUAAUCUCCUGGACAACUAUGAUCACUUGUUAUUCUCAGAACAAGCAAUACGAAGAAGCGCUGACGAUUUAUGGCAACAUGAGAUUGAAUGGGAUUAUUCCCGACGAGGUAACAAUGUCGACUGUUGUUUCAGCUUGUGCCCAUGUUGGAGCUCUUGAGCUAGGAAAAGAGAUACAUCAUUACGCAAUGUCUCGGGGGCUUAAUCUCGAUGUUUAUAUUGGAUCUGCAUUAGUUGAUAUGUAUGCUAAGUGCGGGAGUUUAGAUCGAUCACUUUUGGUUUUCUUCAAAUUGAAGGAUAAAAAUUUAUAUUGCUGGAAUGCUGUAAUCGAAGGGCUCGCUGUUCAUGGUUAUGCGGAGAAGGCGCUGAGGAUGUUUGUUAUCAUGGAGAGGGAGAAGAUCAUGCCCAAUGGUGUUACCUUUAUUAGCAUAUUAAGCGCUUGCACACAUGCUGGAUUAGUUAUAGAAGGCAGAAGUAGAUUCUCGAGCAUGAUUCGUGAUUAUGGAAUCCGUCCCGAAGUUGAACACUAUGGUUGCAUGGUUGAUAUGUUGAGUAAAGCAGGAUUGCUCGAUGAAGCUUUAGAAUUGAUUAACGGUAUGGAAUUUGAACCGAACUCUAUCAUUUGGGGAGCUUUGUUGAAUGGAUGCAAGCUUCAUGGGAACUCGGAGAUUGCGAAAGAUGCUGUUCAACAGUUGACGGUUUUGGAGCCCAAGAACAGUGGACAUUACAAUCUUUUGGUGAGCAUGUAUGCUGAAGAAAAACACUGGAUGAAGGUUGCUCAUAUCCGAGCAAUGAUGAAAGAGAACGGAGUAGAAAAGAAAUAUCCCGGGUCAAGUUGGAUCGAAUUGGAAGGGAGAAUUCAUCAGUUUUCAGCUUCAGCGAAUUGUCACCCGGAUUCUGACAAAAUAUACUUUAUACUGACAGAAUUAGAUGGUCAGCUGAAGCUAGCUGGUAACGUUCUCGAGCCUUCAGUAUCCGAAAUUUGACUUACGUUAAGGGAAGGCCUGGUGAGAUUGUAUGUUAUUUGCCUAUCAGCCAUUUCUGCUCUACUGAUUAAGGUAGAUUGAAGGGAGAAAUCUCAAGGUCAAGUGCUUAUUCAGAUCAAGGCUCAGAUUAGCCUCAUUUAGAGCCAUGUGAUCGAAAGAAGAAGGGGCCGUGACUAAAUUUAUAACUAGAUAACGUACCGCUAUCCCACGACCGUAGCAGACUUGGUGAAGUGAUUUGAUUGAACAACCCCAGCUAAUGGGUAUCCUGUAACAGGUCAGUCAUUUUUCCUUCUCUGUACAACACAUUCAUAUAUUUCAAACACAUAUAUGGUCAUAGUGUCUGCAUUAUACGCUUCUUUAGAAACGAGCUAGGUUUGGAGAAAAAUUGAAAUCAAAACU